AGGUUAAAAAGUAAAAACUCAUAUGCGCAGUCACAUUAAAAAAAUAAAAGUGCCGCUUCAAUUUGAAGAGCGGGAAAAACUUAACCUCGCAGCAGUUGGCUAGUGAAAGGAAAUAUUGGAUUUUGCAGCAAUUCUUGUUUUAAAUGCAUGUCAAUGGUUUCCACUUAUAAACCCUAACCCCAAUUCAAACACUGUGAGCCCACCUUGCUUUGCCUUUACAAUAUAAAUGGAUACGGGUUCGCCAUUGAUCAAGCAGAGGCAUUUGAGUGAUUUUGAUGUCAGUAGUCAUAGUGUGGACUUCAUCAGCAAGUUGCCUGAUGAAGUUUUAAGUCACAUACUUUCUUAUUUUACUACAAAACAAGCGGUUGCCACCAGCAUUUUGUCUAAAAGGUGGGAAUACCUCUGGACACUUACUACAAAUCUUGAUUUUUCCGAUCAGAUUCGUUGUAAUUACUCGGACAAAAAUGAAUGCAACACUAAGUUGAGGUCCUUCAAGGAUUUUGUGGAUAGAGUCAUCUUUUAUCAUGGAGAGUCGAUUAUUCGAAAAUGUCAUCUUCAUUUCUAUACCUAUCAAGUUUCCCCUAAUAUUUAUUCAUGGGUUUGUGCUGUAAUAACUUGCAAUAUUCAAGAAUUGAGUAUUGAAGGCAGUUCCUUUGAACUUCAACAACUUCCUUGGAGACUAUUCACUUGCAAAUCAUUGGUUGUUCUGAAAAUUUCAGGGAUGUUUAUGCUAGAUUUGCCUACUCAUAUUUGCUAUCCAUUUCUAAAAAUCUUGAGGCUUGAUGGUGUUCUGUAUAUGAGCGAUGCCUCUAUGGAUAGGCUCUUUUCUAGCUGCCCUGUCCUUGAAGAGCUAGAGGUUAUAAGACGAAGAGGGGAUGGUGUAGGAAUUAUGAAAAUCAAUGUGCCUUUAUUGAAAAGAUUGACAAUUCAUUGCGGUGUUUACAGUUAUGAAUGUAAGCAUAAGACUCUGCUUAAUACCCCAUGUCUUGAAUAUCUCAAACUUACAGGUAAUACAUCAGGUGGCUAUUCUAUGAAUUGCUCCUCUUCCCUUGUUGAGGCACGCAUUCACCAUGGAUGUGAUUUAGACCUUCUUAAUGGAAUCGCCGGAGUUCAACAUCUAGUUUUGACUGGAAAAAUUAUGUCGGAUCUGCGUAGUAUUAUUGAGGAUCAUGGAUUGCCUACAUUCAAUAAUCUAAAGAAAUUGGAGCUGUAUGUUGGAAAGCCAGUUGAUUGGGAAUCGCUACCAGAUUUGCUGGAGUGCUCUCCCAAUUUAGAAGUUCUUGUCUUUCCUGAGGGACUUGUGGUGCCUAAAGAAAGUGGGAGAGAUUAUUAUCGAUUCUAUUGGCAUCAGCCAGACUCCGUGGCUGAAUGUUUGCUUCACCAUCUAAAACAGGUUGAAAUUUUCAACUUUGUGGGAUUGCCAGGUGAACUCUAUCUUGUAGAGUAUUUGCUGGAAUACGGUGAAGUAUUGGAAUGUAUGAAUAUUCACUGUUUUGAUUUUAGUACAAGGCCAAGAAUGCGGAAGAAAAUGGAAGGGGUUAUAGAUGAGGUUUCAAGCUUCGAAAGAAGUUCUAGUACUUGCGAACUCGUUUUCUUCAAUUAAUGUUGUGCCUUUGCGGAAGUUGUAGUGAAGCAUUAGUAUGUUUUUGCGCUUCAUUUAUACAUCAGGCUUUGCUUGAUGGGUGCUGUAGUAUCCUCAUGAAUCCUUGGAGCACAUGUAAUUUUACUUUCUAUUUUCUAUUCCUGUGCUGGCCUGUGUCAUAUUUUGCAGCAUAUUAGAUGCUUUUUCUUCUGCUCCUGUGAUGUGUAAUAUGCCAUGAAAGUUUAACAUGAUUUAUGGCUUCUCUAUAGAUCUCAAUGAUACUGGAGCUUAUUUGUUU